CUGGUUGAAUCUAUGCUGAGGGGCGGGACGUCAUUUGCGGCUGCGCAACUGAAACCGGCAAGCGAGGAGGCACGUUGUGAAAGUGCUUGUUUUACUUAUCGUCAUCAUUCAAAGACAACUUUUGUUCCAGACAACCCACUCAUAAGAUCACCAGUCUCCGAGCCUCCAGUGAGCCAAGAAGAAGAAAUGGUGAUGGAGAAGCCAAGUGCCCAGCUGGUCGGGCGAGAGUUUGUCCGACAGUAUUACACGCUGCUCAACCAGGCGCCCGACUACCUGCACAGGUUUUAUGGGAAGAACUCAUCGUAUGUGCAUGGCGGCCUGGACGCCAACGGCAAACCUCUGGAGGCAGUUUACGGCCAGUCGGACAUCCACAAGCGUGUCAUGGCGCUGAGCUUCCGCGACUGUCACACUAAGAUCCGCCACGUGGACGCUCACGCCACACUCAACGAGGGCGUGGUGGUCCAGGUGAUGGGAGAGCUGUCCAACAACAUGCAGCCCAUGAGGAAGUUCAUGCAGACCUUUGUCCUGGCACCGGAGGGGACCGUCGCUAACAAGUUCUACGUCCACAAUGACGUCUUUCGCUACCAGGAUGAAGUUUUUGCCGACUCGGAUUCUGAAGCACCCGAAGAGUCGGAGGACGAGGUGGAGGAAAUGGAGGAGCGUAUUCCCUCCCCUGACAUCCUGCCUGAAGAGUCCAGUUCCUUCUACGAGCCACCACCUUGUUCUGAAGCAGCACUUCCCACUGAUGACGUGGAAGCGGCAGCGAGCCCAGAACCAGAACCCGAAGGGGAGAAGGAGGCGGACGGCACUGUGGCGGACCUGAAGCAGGACGCCACACAGGAGACACAAAGCGAUGCGCACACAGCCAAUGAGCAGACAGAGAAAGGCCCCGCCCUCAACGCUGGCACGGAACCUGCUGAGCCCGCCCCCGUCGCCCAGGAAGAAAACAAGCCGUUCUCGUGGGCCUCCGUGACCAGUAAGAAUCUCCCACCCAGCGGGGCUGUCCCAGUUUCAGGAAUCCCACCCCACGUGGUCAAAGCCACGCCCACAGCACCGGCCCGAAUGGAGUCGAAGUCAGAGUCCCAGACGUCGUCACAGAGACCCCAACGAGACCAGCGCCCCCGAGAGCAGAGGCCACCCGCUGCUCCUCCUGUGCACAGAGGACCACGAGCUGCUCGUGAGGGCGAGCAGGGUGAGGUUGAAGGUCGCAGGGCGGUCCGCUACCCCGACGCCCAUCAGCUCUUUGUGGGCAACGUCCCCCACGAUGCGGACAAGAGCGAACUCAAGGAAUUCUUUGAGCAGUACGGGACGGUUUUGGAGCUGCGGAUUAACAGCGGAGGCAAACUUCCUAACUUUGGCUUUGUGAUCUUUGAUGCCUCUGAGCCAGUCCAGAAGAUCCUCAGCAGUCGGCCCAUCAAAUUACGUGGCGACGUGCGUCUGAACGUGGAGGAGAAGAAGGCUCGCUCGGCCCGAGAGGGCGACAGACGGGAUGUGAGGCCUCGCGGCCCGGGAGGACCUGGUGGUCCCAGAGAGCGAAUUAGUGGCGGCGGCCCCAGAGGCCCCCCCACCCGCGGAGGAAACGCACAGAAGCCCAGUUUUGGUUCCGGCCGGGGCGCGGGACCCAGCGAGGGGCGUUACUCGGCUCAGCGUCAGUGAGGUUUGACUUCCUGCAGCGGAACCAUUGGACUUGACCAAAUUGAUCUUCACGCGUUUAGUUGACUCACUGUCCAGUCCCUCUUUCACCAUGGCCGCCGCCUCCGAGGAAGCUGCAGUGACCCCGCCCCCUGGCCAGCUGAUGAAUUUUGGGACUUUUGUUUCUCCAAGCUGAACUUGAAGCGGACUGGUGGACUUGAGAACUUUUGGUUCUUCUCUUCAUUUUCUUAAAGGACGUCGACCUGCGGUGCCCUGCUUCCUCUUUUUAGCCUGUCGGGUCAACUUGUUCUUCGCUUCUUCACCGUCGUGUUGCCGGCUCGCCUGAACGCCACACAACUAAAUUAAAGUCAUUUACUGUUUUAAAA